AUGCCGCCAACGGCGAACUUGAGACGCUGGACGGAGAUGCUGCCGCCGGCUUGGACCACCACCAGAAAGGCAAGAAGCCACACCGGCCUCACCGUCGCCGAAGAGGAGUGCCGGCCACCACCGGCCUCACCGGCGGCCAGCAAGAGCCCGAGGGAGGAGGCCACCCUUGCCGGCCAACCACCACUGCAGCCGCGCCCACGCAGCACGCCGGAGACAGAGCUCCACGCGCCGUCACCACGCCCCAAAGCCACGGCCCACGUCGGCCCGCACAGGCCCAGAUCGAGCCCGGCCGCCAAGCACCACCACGGCCACCACGCGCGGCUGCAGCGACCACUGCCGCCUCCAUGUGCGAGAGGACGCAGCACGCCGGCUGCCGCCGCGCCAGGCCCCGCCGACCUCCGCCGAGAAGCACUGUCGCCAUGGAGCAGCGCCGCCCCGCACGACCUGCCACGCACCGGGUAG